AUGAGCGCUCCCGGCAAAGGCGCCGACGGUGUGCGCAAGCAGGCUGGCAGUCCUGUUGACGGAGGUCAAAGGAAACCCCCAGCCCAAAAAGCAUGGACCCAGGGCACCAAUCCUAUCACUCAGCGACCCUCUAACCUAAGUAAUUCGAACGGCGUGGUAAACACUCCCAAGCCCGCGCCGAACUCCUCAACACUCUCCGGAGAGACCGCAUCGCCAAUGAAGCACAUGAAUGACAGAAUGAUGUACUUGUUGGCAAGUCUCACGGGGCUCCCUAGCAACAUAACUCUGAAGAAUGGCGAGAAGUAUACCGGCGUGCUGUCAGGCACUUCUCUGGACCCGACUGAGAUGCGCUACGUCUUCAAGAUGGUGAAGCGAGUGCAGCCAGCCAACGACGCGCAGGUCAACGGCGCCAACGAAAUGUCCGAUGACUACGUUGGCACUGGCGACUACCAUGUCAUGUCGUUCGACAUAGGUGAUGUUGCUGACUUGCACACACCCAAUGUGGUGCUUGACAAGUCCCAAACUAAGGCUCAGAAUGGAGUUUCGCCGGGCUUCCGGACAGACACCGACAUCUCGGGCAACAUAGCCGUGCGCGAGCGAAACCUGCAGAAGUGGGAACCGUCUGCAGACGCGAAUGCUAAUCUCUCCCUUGAACCCACCGGACGGUCGACUGAGUGGGAUCAAUUUUCGACGAAUGAGCAACUCUUCGGCGUCAAGAGCAACUACGACGAGAGUUACUAUACCACCACCAUUGACCGGAGUAACCCGCAGUAUGCCGAGAGGGCUGCGCGAGCGGAGAAGAUCGCUCGCGAAAUUGAAGCCAGUAGUGCACUGAACGCCCACGUUCGCGAGGAACGUGGCCAGCUGUCUGCCGAUGACAAAGGCGCAGACGAAGAAGAGAAGUAUAGUGGAGUGCGUCGUGACUUCCCGCCCCUCCCGAGCGGUCAGUCCAACAAGUACAUGCCUCCUGCCAGACGCCCGCCAACGAGCCAGCCGACGGUGCCAGGGGCUCCCCACGACCCUGCCAUCAUUUCGUCGCAGAUUGCCCGCCCAGAAUCAACCUCAUCAAAACCAGUGCAACGGACCACCCCUCCGCCCAUUGAGAAACGUGCGACUCCUGAAGGAGUUAAAUCAGAGGUUGCGCUGAAGGUGGAAGGUGCACCCCCAGCCGCACCUUCCAAACAAGAACCUCUAAAGGACGCCUCUGCCAACCCCGAGACAAAGACCGCUCCGCCAGGCAAGCCUGUAGUUGAGCAACCCACCAAGCCCAGUGCCGCGUUCAAACCAACGGUCAGCGGUAUUCCAGCACGAAAAUCAGGGAGACCAGAUAAUGCGACGGCGAACGUGGAGCAUGAUCUUCUCGACUCGUUCAAGCAGUUCUCUGCUGCAGAGAAGUUGCGCAUGUCCGAGAGGCAGCGAUCGCUGGCCCGUGAAUCAAAAGCAGUGAAACUCAAUGACCUCAAAAAAUUCUCCCAGAACUUCAAACUCAACACUCCUGUUCCGCAAGACUUAGUCCCUAUUCUUGCUAAGGAUGAGAACAAGCAACAGGCAAUUGUCGAAAAAGCUCUCCGCGCGGUACAGGAGAUGAAGUCCACCCCUCCCAAGGCAGCACCUACACCAGUAGAGCAGAAACCCAACCGAACAGUCGCUGCCAAGCCUGAGGCUCCGCAUCCGUCCCCCAGCACUUCUGUUGACCGCCAACAGAAUCAACGUCCUCGCCCUGGACAAAAUCACUACGGCUCGGCGACUGUGAGGGAUCGCACGGGCCCCAAUCAGAACAUGAACCAAGGCGCCCAACGCAACACUGGACUACUGAGCACACGCCUGCAGCUGAAUCAACAGCAACACAAACAGCAAGGGGCUCUUCCCUUUCAUAAUAUUCCGCAUCCAAUCCCGCAAAACAUGCAAAACCCUCCACCUACAGGACCUUCCGCUUCCUCUAGUGGUGUCCAGACACCCACAUCUAGCCUGUCUACGAGGUUCAACGUACGAGCACCAGACUUCAAGCCAAAUCCCGCUGCCAGCACAUUUCAGCCGGGAGGAAGCACAAGCAACAACUCUAGUCCAAGGCCCGACUCUUCCUCAAGGCAAGAACCCCCUCGAAAGCCACAGAUUACAAGCUUCUUUGGAGGGCAACGGCCAACAUCAGAACCAUUGGAUCUGACUAAUUCAUUCAAUCCCAUCAAGCGUAUGAUGAAGGAAGCCCAUGACGAGAAUAGGAGCCGAGAAUAUGCGAGCAACGGGGGCAUUCCUUGCCCAUUUCGCACGCCUCCGACAUGGGAUUUCCCCCAGACAAACCAGGAUAGAAGCUACAUUGACAUGUUCGAGCGGACUUCUGUUGCACCGCCUGUAUCAGCACCACAUCCCUCGAUGAGCAACGGUCCCAUUCCUCACCAGCACCAGCUGCCUCCUCAUCUCCAGGGAGGACCUCAGCAUAUGCCUCAGGGCCAAACUCCACAGCACACCCCACGCCAUCCUCCAGUUCAACCUCAUCACGGCCAACCUGGUCCCCAUCAUUUCGAAAGCCAGCACAUGCAGUUCUCUCACUCCACGUCAUCUGUCCAGCCGUCUCCAAGGGCAAUGCCACCUUAUAUCAACUAUGCCCAGCCACAAAAUAUGCCUGGAUUCCCUCCACAAGUACCGAUGCAAGGGUAUGGGAUGAGCCCUAACGUUCAGCACGUCGCUCUUCGACAGCAAGGGGGCCAACAAUUUGUCCAGCCUCCCGCACCAGGCAUGGGUGGUCAAAUGAUGACCAACCAGCCCUCCAACGGUCCAUUUAUGGGUAUGCCUUCAAACCCUCAGAUGCCGAUGUACUCACCUGCUCCUGGUCCCGCGUAUCCUCAUUAUCCCAGCGGAAUGCCUGCUCCUCCAGGUACCAAUGGUUUUCCAAGCCCCAGACCUGGAGGCGCGCCAUUGAUGAGCCAUCAAGGAUCACAGCAGGGUCACCAGCCACAGCAACUUGUCUACAUGCAGCAUGGCACCCAGGUGCCUCCAAUGUUUGCACAGAUGCCGCCAGGCCAGAUGGCACCCAUGCGCGGUCCAUAUCCCCAGCCGCAUCAAUCUCAGUAUGGCUCACCUCACCAGCACCACCAAUUCCCUCUUGCCCACCGUGGAACUCCGAGCGGUAACUAUUCCCAGCCCAUGAUGCAACAACAUUCUAUGGGUCCUCAAGUACCUCCACCAACUGGACCUGCGAAUCAUGGCCCAGAAAUCCACGAGGAAGUUAAAUGA